CACACCCACCCAACCCCAUCCACGCACGUAGCCCAAAGAAACAGCGCCGCCUGAGUCCAUUGGAAUCGCCCUGCCGCCGAUCCCCAGACCCCGCCGGAUCUCGCCAUCUGAUUCCAUCUGGAUCGCCACCGUCCUGCGAUCUGCGCAGCCGUCGUGCGAUCUGCGCACUCGACAGCGCCGCCGCCGCGGAACCCCUCGAGAAGACCAGACGGAUCUCGCAUCCACGUUUCUGGAUCGCCGCCACAGACGUAGGAGCUCCCGUCGGCGCCGCUGCAGACGCAGGGUGGUUUCAACCCCAGUUCCAUAUGGGGACUCCACACAGCAAGCCAACGGAACAGACGACCUCAUCACAUGUACCUCCAGGCCCGAUGGAGGGGACAAAUGUUGACGACUCUAACGAAGGGAUUAUACCCGUAGCCGACGAUGUUGACAAAAUUUACCCACGUAGUCCAGGAGUCCAUAUUACUCCCUCGGAACGGAUGAUAUUUGAGACCGAUGGUGAUAGCACAUAUGAUACACCAGGCCCGAUGGAGGGGACAAAUGUUGACGACUCUAACGAAGGGGUUAUACAUGUAGCCGACAAUGUUCACAAGAUUUACCCAAGUAGUCCAGGAGUCCAUAUUACUCCCUCGGAAUGGAUGAUACUUGAACAGACCGAUUGUGAAAGGACAUAUGUUCAUCAACCUUCCCAUCUGAUUACGGACAACCACCCAAUCUCAUUCCUAUAUACUGUAGAUUCGUUGCCAGAUCUCAGUAAUCUGACAAAAGAACUAGCUAGCAUGCAACGUGAUAACGAGGAAAAGAGGCCGCAGAAUGUUCCACGCCAUCCUCUCAGUGAUAUCACUAAUGCUUAUCAACCAUCCUCUAUGGACCUUGACGAAAAAAGAGAGCUGAUAAAAGCUCGGAGGCGAGCUGCUUAUCAAAAGAAAAAAGAAGAGCCUAUCGUCAAGCAACAAGAUGAAAAUCUGUCUGCCCUUACGAUAUCAGAUGUGCAAAAUGUUACCCUGUCCCCUCUCGGUGAUAUCGCUAAUGGGUGUCAACCUACCUCGGUGGACCUUGACGAGAAAAAAGAGCAAAUAAAUGCUCGGAGGCGAGCUGCUUAUCGAAAGAAGAAAGAGGAGGCUACCUUCAAGCAACAAGAUGGAAAUUUGUCUUCCCUUACGAUAUCAGAUAUGCAAAAUGUACCCCUGUUACCUCUCGGUGAUAUCACUAAUGGGUGUCAACCAACCUCGGUGGACCUUGACGAGAAAAAAGAGCAAAUAAAGGCUCGGAGGCGAGCUGCUUAUCGAAAGAAAAAAGAGGAGGCAGCCAGCAAGCAACAAGAUGAAAAUCUGGCUGCCCUUACGAAAUCAGAUAUCCAAAAUGUUCCCCUGUUACCUCUCGGUGAUAUCACUAAUGGGUGUCAACCAACCUCGGUGGACCUUGAUGAGAAAAAAGAGCAAAUAAAGGCUCGGAGGCGAGCUGCUUAUCGAAAGAAAAAAGAGGAGGCAGCCACCAAGCAACAAGAUGAAAAUCUGCCUGCCCUUACGAAAUCAGCCAACCCAACAACGUCUAGCUAUACAUCAUGGUCAUAUGAUGAUGCCCCAUUGCCUCCUUCAACUGCAUCUGGUGUCAUUCAUGAUAAAAAACAAGCUAGGCGUCAAAAUGAUAAAGAACGCAAGCGUAACUUAAGGUUAAGGGACGGGCAAAGGGAGCAGGAAAAUGCGCAGAGGCGAGCAGAUUAUCGGAAGAAUGUGGAUAACGGAACGAUCGAUCUUCAACAAAAAAAUCAAAAUCAAAGAGAAUGGCGCAUGCAACACCGAGAAAGCAUGACUUCUGAUGAGAAGGGCGAGUCGAGUGCUCAGAGAAAGGCAAAGUAUGCUGCAAAGAAAAACACUCUGUGUGCUGAAUCGAUCGCAAUGCCGCGUCCAGAUCUAACUAGCACAAUGUCUGACUCUCACGCAGCACCUGACUUUCGGUCCACAUCUGUGUGUCUAGAUGGGGGCCCUGCAAUGAGUAUGCCGACGUACCCUGUCGGUACCGACGGCAUCAUGCGGGAGGAUCGUGCUCCUACCGUCAAGGCAGCCCCCACAUACAUUCGUAACAUCGAAACCGAUGGUGCCUAUCUAAGCAGAACCUUAGGUGAUGGUGCUGUAGAUGGCAACCUCAGCAAAAUCAAUGAGCACCUAACAAGUGCCGACCAGCAAACCAGUCAUCCGCUAACAAUAGCGGAUAAUGGAGCUGACCAGCAGAGGCAUGAGUCCAAAACUCAGCCUAGGACGAGAGAGCGAUCUUGCAAGGGAAGUAUGGCGGCGAAGAAGUGUCAGGAGAAAAUUGGCAAGCGGAAAUCAUGUACGAAGGUGCCACGUGGUGAGAGGAACGCUCUGCUAGAUCGUCGUAAUGAAAGCUUUGCGGGUAGGGUGAAGACCCCAACCGUCAGGUCCAUCUCCAUACCGGAAAUGAGCUCAACUGGACAACCUACCGUAGUUGAAGCACACGGUGCCUCAACCUCAUCUAGCACGCCGGAGUACACGAUCAGAAGUGAAAACGACAUGGACGCUUACCUUAGUCGUCUCAUGAAUGAUAAUGUCAACCCUGACAACCUCUUUGACGAUGAGUAUUACCUGUUUGCUGCUGAAGGCUCAGAUGCUGAUGACAUGGAGCACGACGAAUUGGAAGACUCAAGUCACAAUAGCUAUGUCGACCAUGAUCCAUUGGACUAUGUCUACUCAAACCUCCCAGACCACACACACAUCCUGAAGCAUGCCGCGAACUGCGUUCACUGCAAGGCCAAGAAGUUUGUGUCUGAGGCCUCGGGAUUCUGCUGUCGCAGUGGGCAGAUCGAGCGGAAGCAACCGGAGCUAAUGAGGCUUUGGUCUAGCAUGGAUGCGGACUCAAGGCAUUUUCGGGAGAACAUACGGUUCUUCAACGGCCACUUCUCCUUCACAACCCUCGGCGUCAGCCUCGAUGAAAGCUACACAAACAUGAAGUCUGGGGUGUACACGUUUCGGGCGCACGGCACCAUCUACCACAACGUUCAUUCCUUCGGGCCAACAUCCCGUCCAGAGCAUCUACAGUUGUACUUCUAAGACGACGACCCAGGCCUAACCCAUCGCAAGGCUGCCACCGAGCAAUUAGACCAGGAUGUCGUCAGAAAGUUAGUGGGCAUACUCAGGGAAAACCCAUACUCCCAGCAGUUCAGGAGUUUGGGUGCGCACAGGGACAACCUCGACGAUUACAGGAUAGACCUCAACACUGACCAGAGACUAGACCAAUGGAAGUAUAAUAGACCUCUGUCAUCUGAGGUCGCUGCAAUUUGGGUGGAGGGCACUAACCUAGCGAAGAGGUUCGAUCGUAGGAUUACACUUUGCGGGAAUGACAACCAGAGGCACAGUAUACAUGUGACGGCUGGCUUGUAUGACCCGCUCUCUUACCCACUCUUCUACCCAAGGGGGGAGCUCGGUUGGCACCCGAAACUACCUAAACGUGACAUCCCUUGGCCGGUUGUGCAACAACCAAGAGGUAGACGUGAUGAUGAUGAUGAUGAGGAGGAGGAUGCAGGUAAGCCUUAUGUGUAUUCUGUCGUUUAGAUGAAUUGUAUACUUCUCAUAUGAAUCCUAAUGUCCGCGUUACUCAUCCAUGUGCAGAGGGAAUAGCAGGUUAUGCGUGUUGGUGAGAGACUACUACUGUUACAUGCUCCAGACACGACCUGGGAUAUGCAAUCCCAUACUCUGUGGAGCACGAUUGCUCCAGCAAUGGGGGGUGGACAUGUACAUCAAGAUUGAGAGUUGUAGGUUGAAAUGGUACAGGAAGAACCAGACAAAGAUUCGUGCCGACCUGUAUAAAGGAGUUGUUGAUGCAAUUACAUCCGGCGAGACCCGGGCAAGCGCUGUUGGAGUAAGGAUAGUGCUCCCUGGAACGUACCCAGGUGGCGACCGUGACAUGAAGCGGAGGCAUAUGGAUGCCAUGGCAAUUGUCCAUCCCUACGGGAAGCCUGGCAUAUUCUUGACCAUGACCUGCAACCCUAACUGGGAAGAGAUAACGAAUGAGUUAUUUCCUGGUCAGACAGCACAAGACCGACCUGAUCUUGUGGCUCGUGUGUUCCAUGGCAAGCUAGAGGCUAUGAAAGAGUUGUUGUUCAAGAAGAAUAUCCUAGGUGUUGUUGUCGCACAUGUAUAUGUAGUCGAGUUCCAGAAGAGGGGCCUCCCCCACGCACACUUUUUGUUGAUCAUGGAUUCUACCUAUAAGCUUGUCGUUCCGGAGCAGUACGACCGACUCAUUUCUGCCGAGCUCCCAGACAAGCAGAAGUAUCCUGAACUCCAUGCCUUGGUGGUGAAACAUAUGAUGCACGGACCAUGCGGUGCUCUCAACCCCAAAAAUGUGUGCAUGCAACAGAACGAGUGCAAGUGCAGAUACCUGCGGCCGUUCAAUGAAAACACAGCACAGGGCAAGGACUCAUACCCAGUUUAUCGUCGUCGAGAUAAUGGUCGGCAGGCUAAGGUCCGGGGUAAAAUGUUGGACAAUAGAUGGGUUGUGCCGUAUAACCCUUACCUUCUGCGGAUGUUCAAUUGCCACAUCAACGUUGAGGUUUGCUCCAGCAUAAAGGCCGUCAAAUACCUUUACAAGUAUAUAUACAAGGGCCAUGAUAGGGCUUCUUUCAACAUCGACCAGCCCGACGCUGAUGGUAACAUUGAUGAGAUCAAAAGAUACGUAGACGCGAGGUGGGUUACUCCUCCAGAGGCGAUGUGGAGGAUAUUUGGCUUCCCCUUGUGUGCCAAUGACCCGCAUGUCCUACAGUUGCCUCUUCAUCUCCCGAAUAUGCACAAGGUGGCAUUCAAUGAGCAAGCUCACUUGACCGACGUAGUCGCCUCUGAGAAUGCUUCCAAAUCCAUGUUGACAGAGUAUUUCAAAGCUAACCAAAACCACCCGUGGGCUAGGAAUAUAUUGUACAAGGAUUUUCCUGGAAAGGUUCACAUGGCAGAAGGGUAAGAAGUAUUGGAAAGAGCGGGUGGAGCGUUAUUAGAUAGGUCGAAUUGUGUCUGCCAAUCCUGCCGAGGGGGAGCGAUACUAUCUGCGUGUGCUGCUAAACCAUGUUGCUGGCAAGACAUCCUAUGAGGACCUGCUCACCGUGGACGGUAGGCUAUGCGGGAGCUUUAGAGAGGCUGCCGAAACGUUGGGACUCAUCGAGGCAGAUAACACGCUCGAUGACUGUCUUACCGAGGCAAAGCAGUGGGCGAUGCCAUGUUCGCUCAGGAGGCUCUUCGCAACAAUUUUCGUGCACUGUAAGCCAGGCGACGUGCGUGGUUUAUGGGAUAGGCACUUGGAGCCUAUGUCUGAUGACUAUCGGCGAUCACACACGUGCCCGAUUGAGGUGGAACAAAUGGUGUUGCUUGACAUUAGGGGUAUGUUGCAGUCCAUGGGCAAAGACAUAGCUGAUUUCGCUCUUCCAUGCAUUGACGAUGCGUUCGACCCAACCGAGGGCAGGCCAGAGAAGUGAUCGAGGAAUCUAACGUCGAUUUUGACAUCAACGACACUAAAUUGGCUUCGACGCUAAACCUUGAGCAGAGGGUUGCAUACGACGAGAUACUAGCUUCUGUUGAGCGCGGUGAUGGGGGUGUGUUCUUUGUUGAUGGCCCGGGAGGUACAGGGAAGACCUUCCUGUACAGGGCGCUGCUCGCCAAGGUUCGAAGCGAGGGAAACAUUGCUAUCGCUACCGCGACGUCAGGCGUCGCCGCUUCUAUCAUGCCUGGAGGCAGGACUGCCCACUCGAGGUUCAAGAUCCCAUUGAGCUGCGACGAUGGCGCCUCAUGCACCUUCACGAAGCAGAGUGGUACCGCCAAGCUACUGAGGAUGGCCUCAUUGAUACUAUGGGACGAGGCCACCAUGACUAAGCGACAGGCGGUCGAGGCACUGGACAACAGCAUGCGCGACAUCAUGGGAAGACGGGACCGACCCUUUGGAGGAAAAACUGUUGUGUUUGGCGGGGACUUCAGGCAGGUGCUUCCGAUCGUCAGGAGGGGGUCCCGGGGUCAGAUAAUCGAUGCAACCCUCCGAAGUUCACACCUCUGGAAGGGUAUGCGCCAGCUAAGGCUCGUCACUAACAUGAGGGCUCAUAAUGACACCUGGUUUGCGGAUUACUUGCUAAGGGUAGGCAAUGGCACCGAGGAAGUUGAUGAUCAAGGAAACAUACGACUCCCUGAAGAUAUUUGUGUGAUGUCUACAGGCGAGGGUGACGACCUGAAGAAGCUGAUUGACCAUGUGUUUCCGAGACUAGAUGACAACAUGUCCGAUCCGAAUUACAUGACUUCACGCGCAAUCCUCUCCACCACGAACGACAAAGUCGACAAGAUAAACAUACGCAUGGUAGAGCGUUUUUGGGGAGAAGAAGUAAUCUACCAUAGCUUUGACAGUGCAAAAGACGACCCGUAUGGCUACUACGCUCCCGAGUUCUUAAAUGGAUUGACUCCAAACGGUCUACCUCCGCAUGCACUCAAACUGAAGCUCAACUGCCCUGUCAUACUUCUGAGGAAUAUUGAUCCGGCUAAUGGUUUGUGUAACGGGACGAGGCUUGUGGUGCGAGGUUUCGAGAGGAACGCCAUCGACGCAGAAAUCGUGAUCGGACAACACGCAGGUAGGAGGGUAUUCCUUCCUCGAAUACCCCUAUGCCCAUCUGACAACGACAUGUUUCCAUUCAAGUUCAACAGGAAGCAAUUUCCUGUAAGGCUUAGCUUUGCUAUGACAAUUAACAAGGCUCAAGGCCAGACGAUUCCGAUUGUUGGCGUGUACCUACCUAAUCCGGUGUUCUCUCAUGGUCAACUCUAUGUCGCAUUGUCUCGAGCCACCGCAAAGAGAAAUAUAAAGAUCCUCAUUGAGAAGGAGAAGGAGAAGGAGAAUGCCAAGAAGCAAAGCGGUAAAUCUAAGAAGCG